AUGACAAGUUAUAGUGACACCCCUGCUGAUGUCCGAGUGUCCACCCCAUUGCAUCCUGACUAUCCACCAGUAUCAGUCAGUGUCCAGAAAGGCAAAGAGACUACGGUGAGCAUGCCAAGAGCGCUUUUCAAGUCGAACGCGACCGGUUUUGCAACAGACAGCAUCUUAGUUGAAAGUUCCCGUGAUAUUGCAGUAUUUGGACUCGCAGAAGGACCCGGUUUCUCCGGCGGAUACCUUGCCCUUCCAGUUGAUGUAUUAGGCCAAGAAUACGUCGCCUUGUGCUCCAUUGACUCACGGUACAGUGAUGAUUAUUCCCAGCAUUCGGAAAUCAUCAUCAUUGCUGUGGAAAGCGACACCAGGGUUCGAAUCGCCAUGCCAAAGGUAGAAGGUGUUUUCGUAAUAUACAAUGGUAGCGAGUUCACAAGGCACCGUAUGUUGGAAAUCAGGCUGUCCAAGUAUGAAACAUUUCAUAUUCACAGUGAGGCGUUCUCUUUAACUCAAACUUUCAUCAAUUCUGACAGGCCCAUUGCCGUGAUAAGCGGUGCCAGAGAACAGUUUGGCUCCACAAAAGAUAUCGUCCUAGAGAUGAUGCCGCCGAUGUCAGCAUGGGGAAGAAUGUACACCAUAUCACCAAGGCAUUCAGAGGACAGCAACAAUUGGACCUUGGUGAUUUUGUCCAGUCGCUCUGAACAGAGUUACGUCGUUGCACAAGGGAAUAAUCAACCAACUUUAUCAAUAACGCGCGAGAGGCAUGUAACAUACGAAACGUAUGCGCAGUCUCUCCUGACCAUUACCGCACGGGAACAUGACCCAAUUCUGGUUGGUGUCCAUACGUCUUGCAGGCAUCACUUCCAAGAUGGAACAACAACAGGGGGGCUAGAUACUGCAGUGGCAACCCCAUUUGAACAGACCCCCAAAAACGUCACCUUUGUCUCGGCUGGAUCGCGUUUAAACGGCGUCAGCAUGAUAUCAAUUUCCUAUUGCCUCAAAACUUUAACGUUGGAUGGAGGGCAAGUGCAUUGGAAUUCAGACCUGUCUAUUGGAACGCCCAUGCUACAACUGAACGCAACCACCGCAAAUGUUGAUAGAGGAACACAUUAUAUAAGUAAUGAUCAGCCACAGGAAGGAGUUCUAGCCUCUGUGUAUGGUUAUGGAGAUAACGUCGGGCAUGCUUUCCCUGCUGGGGCGUUGUAUACUAUAACGCAUCCAUGUCACCCAAGUAUCACAGUGGCUGGGGAUUUAGUUGACAACGACUGUGACGGGCUUGUUGACGAGGAGGUCUACAACCAUAUCGACGACGAUAACGAUGGGGAAAUCGAUGAGGAUCUAACAGAAGACCGUGUAGUAUUGCAUUACCACAUUGACCCAUGGGAAAUUGUUUGCAGUAAAAGCAAAUUUGGUAACAUAAUGAGUCUGACAUAUGACGCUAGAAUUCUGUGGGCAAAUGUGUCGGCCGUGUAUAACGAGGGAGAAGAUGCUGGCGCAUGCACAUUUCUCCACAGUUAUGCCACAGAGUAUCGGAGAGACGUCAUGCUCGAUGACGCAGCUGAAAGGAAUAGGUGUGGAAUUGCGAUU